AUGGAUCACAAAUCCACUCAACACCUUAUUGUGAUUGGCUCACAGAUGUUUCGCAGCGCGCAAGCAAGUAUGACAAACUUCAUCGUUGUUCUCCUCCUUGUCUUGUGCGUUUCAAGUGGAACGCACGGGUUCCCACACUCCUUGGAACAUGCAGCGGAUGACGCAAACGAAAGCUAUCGGCGACUUGAAGUGCCAAUUCGUUACGGACUAUGGGAAGGCUCGAAUAAACGUUGGUUCCCAAUCAAAGAAUAUCGAGGAGGGCUUCUUGAUGUGUGAUCAAAAGCGGCUAAGAUCGACACCCUUCCCCCUACUGACUUAUCUGUAGUGUCAUAGUCUGCAAAUAUACACUCCGUUCAGCGCCGAU